UACCGGCCGGAGCUACCCUGGCUCCAGCUGCCCGCCCGCCCGUCAGCACGUCCGUCUGUCCGCGGGUCCCUCUGUCCAGGAGUCCGCAGAUCGCGGCCCAGAGCGUGCAAGACCGAGAGCCAGGAGGCCGGGGCGCAGUGCAGAGCUCGGGCCUUUGAGAUCCCGGACGGGGCCCGGGCCGCAGUGGCCUGGGGUCUGGGCAGUCACCAUCGGGCCUCGUCUCGGUAUCUCCGAGGCCGCGCUCUCUUCCCGGGGCUGUCUUAAGGGCUCUCCUAGACCCAGGCUUCUGCCCGCGGGCCGCGGGCGUGGAGGAAAAGGAUACGCGGCUCCCAGUGCCUCUCGGGUGGCCGCCUGGGAGAAUGACCCCCGCGGGCGGGCGCUUCGCGCUCUGAUCCGCGGGGACCCAGCGCUCCUGCCGCCAUGGGCGCCGGGGACUGGUGGGCGGCGGCGGCCGCACCGCUGCUGGUGGCCAUGGCCGCUCUGCUGGUGGGCGCCGCAGGCCACCUGUACCCGGGAGAGGUGUGUCCCGGCAUGGAUAUCCGGAACAACCUCACCAGGCUGCGGGAGCUGGAGAACUGCUCCGUCAUCGAAGGCCAUUUGCAGAUACUCUUGAUGUUCAAAACAAGCCCUGAAGACUUCCGAGACCUCAGUUUCCCCAAACUCAUAAUGAUCACUGAUUACUUGCUGCUCUUCCGGGUCUACGGGUUGGAGAGCCUGAAGGACCUGUUCCCCAACCUCACUGUUAUCCGAGGCUCACGCCUCUUCUUCAACUAUGCCCUAGUCAUCUUUGAGAUGGUUCACCUGAAGGAGCUCGGUCUCUACAAUCUGAUGAACAUAACCCGGGGCUCCGUCCGCAUCGAGAAAAACAAUGAGCUCUGCUACUUGGCCACAAUCGACUGGUCCCGCAUCCUGGAUUCUGUGGAGGACAAUUACAUUGUGUUGAACAAGGACGACAACGAGGAGUGUGGGGACGUCUGUCCAGGGACUGCCAAGGGCAAGACCAACUGCCCUGCCACCGUCAUCAACGGCCAGUUUGUGGAACGGUGCUGGACUCACAGUCAUUGCCAGAAAGUCUGCCCCACUGUCUGCAAGUCGCACGGCUGUACUGCCGAAGGCCUCUGCUGCCAUAGCGAGUGUCUGGGCAACUGUUCUGAGCCUGAUGACCCCACCAAGUGCAUGGCCUGCCGCAACUUCUACCUGGACGGCAGGUGUGUGGAGGCCUGCCCACCCCCGUACUACCACUUCCAGGACUGGCGCUGCGUGAACUUUAGCUUCUGCUAUGACCUGCACAACAAAUGCAAGAACUCACGGAGGCCGGGCUGCCACCAGUACGUCAUUCACAACCGCAGGUGCAUUCCUGAAUGUCCCUCUGGAUACACAAUGAACUCCAGCAACCUGAUGUGCACACCGUGCCUGGGCCCCUGUCCCAAGGUCUGCCACAUCCUAGAAAGUGAGAAGACCAUCGACUCGGUGACAUCUGCCCAGGAGCUCCGAGGAUGUACUGUUAUCAACGGGAGUCUGAUCAUCAACAUCCGAGGGGGCAAUAACCUGGCAGCAGAGCUAGAAGCCAAUCUUGGCCUCAUUGAAGAAAUUUCAGGGUAUCUGAAAAUCCGUCGAUCUUACGCUCUGGUGUCACUUUCCUUCUUCCGGAAGUUACGUCUGAUUCGAGGAGAGACCUUGGAAAUGGGGAGCUAUUCUUUCUAUGCCUUGGACAACCAGAACCUAAGGCAGCUCUGGGACUGGAGCAAACACAACCUCACCAUCACUCAGGGGAAACUCUUCUUCCACUACAAUCCCAAACUCUGCUUGUCAGAAAUCCACAAGAUGGAAGAAGUUUCAGGAACCAAGGGCCGCCAGGAGAGGAACGACAUUGCCCUGAAGACCAAUGGGGACCAGGCAUCCUGUGAAAAUGAAUUACUUAAAUUUUCUUACAUUCGGACAUCUUUUGACAAGAUCUUGCUGAAAUGGGAGCCUUACUGGCCCCCCGACUUCCGAGACCUCUUGGGCUUUAUGCUGUUCUACAAAGAGGCCCCUUAUAAGAAUGUGACAGAGUUCGACGGGCAGGACGCUUGUGGUUCCAACAGCUGGACAGUGGUGGACGUGGACCCCCCUUUGAGGUCCAAUGACCCCAAGUCUCAGAACCACCCUGGGUGGCUAAUGCGUGGUCUCAAGCCCUGGACCCAGUAUGCCAUCUUUGUCAAGACCCUGGUCACCUUUUCAGAUGAACGCCGGACCUAUGGGGCCAAGAGUGACAUCAUUUAUGUCCAGACAGAUGCCACCAAUCCUUCCGUCCCCCUGGACCCCAUCUCGGUUUCUAAUUCCUCAUCCCAGAUUCUUCUGAAGUGGAAGCCCCCCUCUGACCCCAAUGGCAACAUCACUCACUACCUGGUUUUCUGGGAGAGGCAGGCGGAAGACAGCGAGCUAUAUGAGCUGGACUAUUGCCUCAAAGGGUUGAAGCUGCCCUCCCGGACGUGGUCUCCACCGUUUGAGUCUGAGGACUCUCAGAAGCACAACCAGAGUGAGUACGAGGACUCGGCUGGCGAGUGCUGCUCCUGCCCCAAAACAGACUCUCAGAUCCUGAAGGAGCUGGAGGAGUCCUCGUUUAGGAAGACGUUUGAGGACUACCUGCACAACGUGGUCUUCGUGCCCAGAAAAACCUCUUCUGGAACUGGUGCUGAGGAUCCUAGGCCAUCUCGGAAGCGCAGGUCUCUCGGCGAAGUUGGAAAUGUGACGAUGGUGGCUGUGCCCACUGUCCCAGGUUUCCCCAAUAUCUCCUCAACCAUCAUGCCCACAAGCCCAGAGGAGCACAGGCCCUUUGAGAAAGUGGUGAAUAAAGAGUCACUGGUCAUCUCUGGCCUGCGACACUUCACGGGCUAUCGCAUUGAGCUGCAAGCUUGCAACCAAGAUGCCCCGGACGAGCGGUGCAGUGUGGCGGCCUAUGUCAGUGCCAGGACCAUGCCUGAAGCCAAGGCUGAUGACAUCGUAGGCCCCGUGACCCAUGAAAUCUUCGAGAACAACAUUGUUCACUUAAUGUGGCAGGAGCCAAAGGAACCCAAUGGUCUGAUUGUGCUGUAUGAAGUGAGUUAUCGGCGAUAUGGUGAUGAGGAGCUGCACCUCUGCGUCUCCCGCAAGCAUUAUGCUCUGGAGCGAGGCUGCAGGCUGCGCGGGCUGUCGCCAGGGAACUACAGCGUGCGAGUCAGGGCCACCUCCCUGGCGGGCAAUGGUUCCUGGACAGAAGCCACCCAUUUCUACAUGACAGACUAUCUAGAUGUCCCAUCAAAUAUUGCAAAAAUUAUCAUUGGCCCCCUUAUCUUUGUCUUUCUCUUCAGUAUUGUGAUUGGAAGUAUUUAUAUAUUCCUGAGAAAAAGGCAGCCAGAUGGGCCACUGGGACCACUGUACGCAUCCUCAAACCCAGAGUACCUCAGUGCCAGUGAUGUGUUUCCUUGUUCUGUGUAUGUGCCGGACGAGUGGGAGGUGCCUCGAGAGAAGAUCACCCUCCUUCGAGAGCUGGGACAGGGUUCCUUUGGCAUGGUGUACGAGGGCAAUGCCAGGGACAUCGUCAAGGGUGAGGCGGAGACCCGAGUGGCAGUGAAGACUGUCAAUGAGUCGGCCAGUCUCCGGGAGCGGAUCGAGUUCCUCAAUGAGGCUUCAGUUAUGAAGGGUUUCACCUGUCAUCAUGUGGUCCGCCUCCUGGGGGUGGUGUCUAAGGGGCAGCCAACGUUGGUGGUGAUGGAGUUGAUGGCUCACGGAGACCUGAAGAGCUACCUCCGUUCUCUGCGGCCCGAGGCUGAGAAUAACCCAGGUCGCCCUCCCCCAACCUUGCAAGAGAUGAUUCAGAUGGCAGCGGAGAUUGCCGAUGGGAUGGCAUACCUGAAUGCCAAGAAGUUUGUGCACCGGGACCUCGCUGCUAGAAACUGCAUGGUUGCUCACGAUUUCACUGUCAAAAUUGGAGACUUUGGAAUGACCAGAGACAUCUACGAGACCGAUUACUACAGGAAAGGGGGCAAGGGCCUGUUGCCCGUGCGGUGGAUGGCACCAGAGUCUCUGAAGGAUGGGGUCUUUACCACUUCUUCUGACAUGUGGUCCUUCGGCGUGGUCCUUUGGGAAAUCACCAGCUUGGCAGAGCAGCCUUACCAAGGCCUAUCUAAUGAACAGGUGUUAAAAUUUGUCAUGGAUGGGGGCUACCUGGAUCAACCUGACAACUGUCCAGAGAGAGUCACGGACCUGAUGCGCAUGUGCUUCCAGUUCAACCCCAAGAUGCGGCCAACCUUUCUGGAGAUCGUCAACCUGCUCAAGGACGACCUGCACCCUAGCUUCCCAGACGUUUCCUUCUUCCACAGCGAGGAGAACAAGGCUCCUGAGAGUGAGGAGCUGGAGAUGGAGUUUGAGGACAUGGAGAGCGUCCCCCUGGACCGGUCCUCACACUGCCAGAGGGAGGAGGCUGGGGGCCGAGAAGGAGGGUCCUCGCUGGGCCUCAAGCGGAACUAUGAGGAGCACAUCCCCUACACCCACAUGAACGGGGGCAAGAGAAACGGGCGGAUUCUGGCCUUGCCUCGCUCCAACCCCUCCUAACAGCGCCUCCCGGGUGGGGAAGGGGUCUCAUCUUCACUUUCUCUGGUUUGAAAGCCUCCGGAAAGCUCAGGAUUCUCACGACUCUGCCACGAUGUCAAGCAGAGCUCAGAACACGUCUCUGCUCAUCUUAGAACUUCAGGACACACUCAUCUGGUUGCCAAAUUGACUUGUUGUCAGAGGCUUUAACUCGGGGAGUAGAGGGGAGGGCUUUCCACAGCUGCUACCCUUUUGGCAACGACAGUUUCAAACCAGGAUGUGUUCUAUUUCUUUUCUUUUUCUAGAAGAUUGAAAGAAAGUACCUGUUUUUAUAGAUUUUUUUUUUUUCUGGUAUCUGAGCUGCAGUAUAAAAGAUAAAACUUCUUUGUGGAACAAAAGUUUGAAAAGAAAAAACAAACAAACAAACACCCACAACCCUGUCCCAGGAGAAUUCCAAGCUUUACAGGGUGUGCUUAAGAAGGUUGUUUUUUUUUCUUUUCCUCAUCCAGGCUGAAGGAUUUUUUUUUUCUUUACAAAAUCAGUUCCUCAAAUUGACCAACAGCUGCUGCUUUCGUACUUUUGAUAAGGGCCUGCAGUCCCGCUGUGUGCCCACAUGUGCAACGAGUACGUGUGUGUGUCCAGGGUAGACAUGGCUGGUGGGUGUGCAUUUGCAAAGUGUUCUGCUGAGUUGAGGCUUUGGGAACCAGAUCAUGAAGGUUCUCUGUACAGGAGCUCAGGUCCUUUCUCUCCUUCCUUCCUGCCCACUGGGAGACUGUGCCCUCACCAGAUUCCUCUUGUGUCAGAAGUCUAUCCUCAGGUUUUUCCCUCCCUUCAGGUUAGUGGGGAAAAAAUGUUUUCUGGGAGCUGAGGGAGGAACAUUUACUUUGGAGUGAUUCUGGAUCUUUUUAAGACCAAACAAAGCCAGGACAUUAAAAAGAAAAAAAGAAAGAAAGAAAGAAAGAAGAAGAAGAAGAAGGAGGAGGAGAGAAGAAAAAGGAAAGGAACAAGGAAAAAAAAAAAACAGAACUGAGAUGACAUAGAGUUUGAGAAUAUAUUUGUAACAUAUUUAAUUUUUAAAAAUUCUCUGGCAUUAGCCUCAUAAGUUAUUGACUAUUCCCGGCCGGGGAAAGGGGAGAGUGGCCAUGGCCAUGAGGUGAUCUGCCUGUGUGGGGGGCAUUGAGGCACCCAUGGCCUCUUUGUUUGGUCUUAAAGGAAUCCAUUUUCUGGGAACUAAGCCACAUUAGCUGCUAACCCUUUUGGAUGUUGUGAGGCCACAUUGAGCAUGUGGGAAACUAGGUUUCGUGGUCUGCAUACCAAGGUCUGCUGUUCAGAUAAGCCAGAAACUUCCUAGAGCUGAGCCCACCUUCAAGAAUACCUGUGUUCCUCCUCUGGUCCUCUGUGUGCGCCUCGCGUAGCCUUUCUUCUCCUUGUGUGCAUGCCCCACAACAAAAUCAGAUCCCAAAGAGUGCACCGUGGAUGGGCUUCGAGAACAUCUAAGCAAUGAAGGGAUAUGUGCUGAGAAUAAUACCUCUUGGGCUCAGCCACCCUUGGAGCAUCGGACAGUCCUCAGUACCGAACUCCCAGAAGCUGCUGUGGUGUCUGAGGGGAACUCUUAGGAUGUUGCAACCCCUGAGAGAGUAGAGUCUGAAGGAGAAGCCAUGAUGAAAGACCUUCGCACUACGGAGAACUUCUGAGUGGGUGUGAACCUGCAAUUUCCUCUCUUUUUGCAAAAAGAACCACAGCUGCUCAAAUAAAGAACAUGGUGAACUCUUUACUUUGGUUCAGUCAAAAUCAACACUCAACGGGUUAUUCCUGAUGCAUUUUCUCACAAGUGUGAGAGCUGAUUGUUUCCUUUUCUUAAAAGUUGCGGAUUCUGAGAGCAGGAUAGAGACAUCAUGGCAAUCUCUGAGCCCUCUCCAUUUUUGAUUAAGAACACAGGUAGACACAAAUACCAAUCGUCUGUUGCUAUCUUAUUUAUAUAAUUUGAGAAAUUUCGGCAUAGAAAAUAACUGCUGAGAGCCUCAGUGAUUGGGUACAAGAAACAAGAGUACAGAAAUUAUUUUUUGCCAAAUUUAUUUUGUAAAUAAAUAGGAAGGUCUAUACGUAAAUGAUAAGCCCACGUAGAUCUAGGUAUUUUAUUCUUUUCAUAGUAAAUUUGUAGUGGCUGUAUACUAUACUAGCAGCAAUUUUCACAUUUUUCUAAUUCAGAAAGGUUUUCUUAUAUUGGGGGAAAAGUAUUUAUUUUAAUAUAUAAAAUCACUCAAAAUCACUCUCGUAAAAAAUGGAGCACAUGUUAAAUUUCUAUCAAAGAGAAAUAAACAGGUGAAUGUGGGGUAAUGAUUUUUUUUUUUCAGCACAGUCUACCUCAGUGUAUUGUUAGGACAUGGCUCAGUAAUGGAUGUGUUUGAGACUUCAGAAUCCUACCUGAGUCCCACUUGAAUCAGAGAAAUGCGAUCAGUUGAUUCCGAACGCUAGGGGCCAGGAAGAAUUUUGAGUGAGGGAGUCAGAUGGAGAAGGUGUUGCCUUUGUAUGAGCAUAGAUCCUUUUUUUCUUGGUUGGUAAUAUUCUUCUCUGGGUUUAAUCUUCCUUUUUUUUUUUAAACUUUAAAUCCUCCAUCUAUUAAUACCAUCGCCCACAAACGUAGGCCCAGUUUCAGGCUGUCCUGAUUACUGACUUCCACUUGAUGUCCUUUCUUUCUGUGCAUCUCAUCUGCUGCAGAGAAAGGGCCAGCAUUCUCACUUGUCCCCACUGAGCCCCGGCCCGGGGCUCUCUGAUGGUGUAUUCCCACUGUUUUUGAGCCAAUGAUGCUCUUUGGGGGCAGAAUGAGUUGCAUACAUGGGCAUCUCACACACACUGAAUGCAGUGUCUCCUUUUAUUCUCCAAAUGGGAAGGGGACAUUUUGGGAAAUCCCAGUCCCAAACCCAACAAAACCUUGGACCCCCAUGUGGAGGUUUGAGUGACCUUAAGCGGAGACUGUUUGACCUUGUGUGACUUUGAGAAUCCCCAUGAACAUCUAGCAGGGCUGUGGUCAUACUCACCAGACUUUGGGGCUCUUGUUGUAAUUUAAGGCACCGCCCUUGCUGACUCAUCCUUCUCCACCUGUCCUGCGGAGAGGGGUAGAGUGUUGGGCCCACCCUGUGCAGAUAAGUUUCACUGAUUUUAUGUAACUGUCUCUACUGCCACAGUGAAAAGAACAAGCAGCCAUUGGGUUGCAAGCCUUCUUUGGGAUUAGAAAAUAUUGACUUUGCAACAGUAGAAUAGAACUUUUGUCCUAGAAAAUCGUGCUUGUCCUGGCAGUUCCAAAAAAAGACAACAAAACCAACUUAAAGUGACAAUUUUUGCUGUUUGUUUUUGAAGAUGUCUCACUAUUGGUAAAAUCCUUUUCAUUCAAGUGGUGAGAUGCAUGGAAUAGUUUCUUCUUCCUGGAGGAGUAUCCCAAACACAUCACUUUCCCCCGAUCAGUGAUGAUAAACCGUUUGCAUCCUGGGAGCUGACCUAUUCCUCUGAAAUCUGAGGGAGGAGAAAGCACUGCUGGUUUCUCUGGAUAUAGGCUAAGAAAAAGAUUGAGAAACAAUGUAGGAAUUGACACAAAGGCCAGCACAUCCAUUCCUGGGGCCAACUGAUGGACAGACGUUUGGCUGUAUCCUGCCUGGGCAGGUGGCCAACCAUGAAGCAUGCUUAUUGAAUAGUGAAGGGUUUAUUUGCUAUAACACUAGUCAAUGCCAUUAAGGCAUAACAUGUGCUGAUUGUCUUGGUAAACGAAUGAAUGUUCAAUGGUCCCAACAACAAAUCAUUUUUCUACUUCAUGGUGGGUGGACGUUUAAAGUUAAAUGUCCUUUAGAUGCCACCUGGUGAGUCCUUCACAUCUUAGGUUUUUCAGAAAUUGUGGUUUUAUUGGGGAUGGGGAAUAGGAACUGCUGAUUUUAUUUAAAGGGUGCAUGUAGAGCGGUGUCAUUUCGGAAAAUCUUCAAGAAUGUUCUUCAGAAUAUUAAUUUAUACCAGAAGUGAGGCUGGGAAUGAAAAGAACUGGUGAGCACUUAUUUUUUUUGGAGCACACAAAAGAAUAUGAUGGGCUCUGGAGGCUGACACUGAAGGUGAAUUUUUCCUUAGAGGUUCCCAAGAGACAGAGGGAAACUGGCUGUUUGAGCUGUCACCUCCUGAUAGCCCUCAAGGUCCAUAACCAGCAUCCAGCCACAUUUUUAUCUAGGUGUGGGCCACAAAAAUCCUUGUUAAAAACCAGGUCAUGAAUCUGGGGUUGGACCCCAUUUGUGAAGGAAGGAAUAGUGCCCUUCUCCCCCUGCCCCCCAAAAUGAGUGACCUCUGUGCACAUACUCACAAACGGCUCGUGUCAAAGUUGCUCCUCGCACCUGUGUGCCUGGGCGGCCUUGGCUCUGUGUGAUACCAGGGCAGGAUCGGAUGUGCUGCCAUUUUACAGAAAACAACUCAGAAACACAAAAACCCACCAAAAGCUCAAUUAUUUUUUUCAAUGUUUUCCUAUUAGAGCCAAGUAGUACCAUGUACAGAAUAUGCCUUUUUUUUGAAUAAUGAAAUUGUUCUGCAUGUAAAAUAUGAGAUAAUUACCUGUUUAUAUUAAAAUCCUGAUUAAAUUAUCUGCGAA